UCGGCAUCUGCUCAUUUGCCCGACGACCGCUGAGCAAUUAACACGCAGUUCUAGUUUCUAGUUCCCCCAGUUCUCGACUCUCGCCUCUCUUAUCCGGUAAAAUCAGAACCCAACAGAAUUUAGAUCAAAAUGCUGCGCGUUUUGAAGACCGGUGCCCUGCUGCGAUCGCAGACCAAGAACAUUGCCGCUGCCGUGGCCAACUACUCCGCCCUGCCGCAGCCCCAGACCACGCCCGAUAUCCUCUACACCGGGCUGUUUAUCAACAAUGAGUGGCACAAGAGCAAGUCGGGCAAGACUUUCGGCACCAUCAAUCCAACCACGGAGCAGACUAUCGCCGAAAUCCAGGCUGGCGAUAAGGAGGAUAUUGAUAUUGCCGUGAAAGCCGCCCGCAGUGCAUUCAAAUUGGGCUCUCCCUGGCGCCGCAUGGAUGCUUCGGAGCGCGGUCGUCUUAUCUACCGUCUGGCUGAUCUCAUGGAGCGUGAUCAGGUCUACCUGGCUAGCUUGGAGACCCUGGACAAUGGCAAGCCAUACAGCAUGUCCUACAACGUGGAUUUGCCAACGGCCAUCAAGAAUCUGAGGUACUUCGCUGGAUGGGCGGAUAAGAACCAUGGCAAAACCAUUCCCAUGGAUGGAGAUUUCUUCACCUACACCCGCCACGAGCCCGUGGGUGUGUGUGGUCAGAUCAUUCCCUGGAACUUCCCCAUCCUGAUGAUGGCCUGGAAACUGGGACCCGCCCUGGCCACCGGCAACACGAUUGUGCUGAAGCCCGCGGAGCAGACCAGUCUGACUGCCCUGUACAUUGCACAGCUGGUGAAGGAGGCUGGCUUCCCGGAGGGCGUGGUCAAUGUGGUUCCCGGCUUUGGAGCAGCUGGCGCUGCCCUGGCUAACCACAGCGAUGUGGAUAAGGUGGCCUUUACCGGAUCCACCGAUGUGGGCAAGCUCAUCCAGCUGGCCUCGGGCAACACGAACCUGAAGAGGGUCACCCUGGAGUUGGGCGGCAAGUCGCCGAACAUUAUCCUGGGAGAUUCCGAUCUGGACUACGCUGUGGAGACGGCUCACUUUGGCCUGUUCUUCAACAUGGGCCAGUGCUGCUGCGCUGGAUCCCGUACUUUUGUGGAGGACAAGAUCUACGAUGAGUUUGUGGAGCGCAGCGCGGAGCGUGCCAAGAAGCGCACCGUGGGCAAUCCCUUCGAUCUGAACACUGAGCAGGGACCCCAGGUCAACGAGGAGCAGAUGGAGAAGAUCCUCGGCCUGAUCCAGACCGGCAAGAAGCAGGGAGCCAAGUUGGUGGCCGGCGGCAGUCGUCCAGAGGGUCUUCCCGGCUACUUUGUUCAGCCCACGGUCUUCGCCGAUGUCCAGGACAACAUGACCAUUGCCCGCGAGGAGAUCUUCGGCCCCGUCCAGCAGCUAAUCCGUUUCAAGAAACUCGAUGAGGUGAUUGAGCGAGCCAACAACUCGGACUAUGGUCUGGCUGCCGCCGUCUUCACCAAGGAUCUGGACAAGGCCAACUACAUUGUCGGUGGCCUGCGUGCUGGCACUGUUUGGGUGAACACCUACAAUGCGUUGGCCGCCCAGGCUCCCUUCGGUGGCUACAAGAUGUCCGGCCAUGGACGCGAGAACGGCGAGUACGCCCUGUCCAACUACACGGAGGUUAAGAGUGUUAUUGUGAAGGUGCCACAGAAGAACUCCUAAGAAGGAGUCAUUAUACCCUCCGAGAGGGAACUCCAUUUGGUUCGUCAAGUUUAGGUGAUCUAAAUUCCGACGCUAACCCCUUGCUCUAUGUCUACGAUCUACAUCUCUAUAUACGCACAUAUAGAUCCUUUGGAUAUUGUCUGUGGUCAGUCUCUGUAUUUUUCCAUUUGUUUAAUUCAGUUUAAGUUUCAUUUGAAAUAAAGCUUUUCGAAAAAUGUGUAGUUAUUAAAUACAA